AUUGACAAGUUUUAAACGGUAAAUGUCUGGCAACUAAGAUAUAAAAGUGAGAAAUUGGGUUGAAUGGUGUCACAAUAGUGUCAUAAUGGUGUCAGCCAGCUCGCAUGUUGUCCUCUUGGGGGCAGUAGCCCUAUUCGCCGUCUUUAGCAGCACACUGGCUCAGAACGCGAGAAACUGUCCCAUCAGAACCGGACUAUGCCCUUACGUGAAGCGUCUGGUGCCCGACCUGAAAUCGCACCCAGUGAUGGAGCAUUAUCAGCCCCACAUCCACGGCGAGGAACCCCCCUCCCUCUGCGGCAACCUGUGCACCCACGACCGUCAAUGUCCCUCCGACCUGAAGUGCUGCCCCACCAACUGUGGAUACGCCUGCUUCCCACCUGUGCAUGUCGUCGAGACUAAACUGCCGUCCCCGGAGACCAACAGCCAACACCAUGGCUGAUAACUCUUACCGCCCCUGAACUUCGACGAUACUGAACUUCCGCCCCCAGAGGAACAGCCUGCUAACAAACACUAUAAUCAUCAUCAAGGCAGAUAGUUCUUGCCGCCCCUGAAUUUCAUUGAGAUUGAACUGCCGCCCUCAGUGGCACAGCCUGCUAAAAAUCACUUCAAUCAUCACCAUGGCAGAUUGUUCUUAUCACCCCCAGAGGCCAACUAUUACUACAGUCAUCACCAUGGUAGAUAGUUCUUGGCGCCUCCGGACAUCAACAACCAUCACCAUGGCCGAUAGUUAUUGCCGCCCCUAAAUUUCGUCGAAACCGAACUGCCGCCCACAGAGGCACAGCCUGCCAACAACCACUACAACCAUCAUCAUGGCAGAUAGUUCUUGCCGCCCCCGGAGCCCAACAACCCUACAACCAUUACUAAGGCAGAUAGUUCUUGCCGCCUCCGGACAUCAACAACCAUCAUCAUGGCAGAUAGUUAUUGCCGCCCCUGCAUGUAGUCGAAACUAAACUGCCGCCCCCGGAGGUACAGCCUGCCAACAACCACUACAACCAUCAUCAUGGCAGAUAGCUCUUGACGCCCCAGGAUGCAACAAUUACUACAGUCAUCACCAUAGAAAAUAGUUCUUACCGCCCCUGUAGGCACAGUUCGCCAAAAGCCACUACAACUAUUAUCAUGAAAUAUAGUUCUUCCCGCCCCCGGAGGCCAACAACCACUACACUCAUCACCAUGGCAGAUAGUUCUUCUCGACCCCACAUGUAGUCGAGACCAAACUGCCGCUCCCGGAGGUACAGCCUGGCAACAACCAUUACAGCCUCCACCAUGGCAGAUAAGCAACUGCGCGGAAGUAUCGUUGGAAUACAAUAACUGCAAGUUAAUAAAACAAAAUAAAUCUUAUAGCACCCUUUAUUCUUUAAAAAACAUUAAAAUAGUUGAACAACUAGUUUCGGUUUACACCAUCUUCAGGUUCUAAAAUAAAAUAAAAUUCAAUAACUGUUUACAAAUUGAUAUAAAACGAACAUAUUUUCAAUGGUGUAAACCGAAACUAAAAGUUGUUUCUGAGUAGAACAUUUUUAAAUGUUCUGAGAGAACAUUUUAGUUGUUCAACUAUUUCAAUGUUUUUUAAAGAAUAAAGGGUGCUAUAAGAUUUAUUCUGUUUUAUUAAUUUAAAAACAGCCCAUGUCAAUAAGUGUUUUUUAAUAACUGCAAGGUACGGCGGAGGCAUUAUGAUGUGGAUAUAAUAACCAUACCACAUUCAUAAACAUAACAGAUAGUUCGUUAACAUAAUAUAUUUACUUAUUUAUUUAUUUAUUAUCAAGUCAUCCACUCACCUCUAUUUAUUUCAUUCAUUCAUAAAAUAUUGUUAAAAUAAAAUUGUUGUUAAUGUU